AAUAACUUCGCCGAAACUAUUAAAUAUUUAUAUUUUAGUUUGGAAUUUUCAGUAUAAAUUUAAAUGUUGCACAUGGUUUAACCCAUUUUAAUAAUGCAGUAUCUUGUGAAAGUAGUGUUGUUAUGUUUGUUGAUCCCGUACGUUGUGCCGGAAAAUCUCGACCAGUUCUACGAAUAUGUGACCGCAAAGAUAGCAGAGAUACAAGCGUACAAAGUGCCAACAAAUAAUGAAAAAUUAUUUCGAACCAACAAUUCUACUGUGUACGAUUUCGGUUAUUAUGACUUCAUAAUUGUUGGAGCUGGAGCUGCCGGUUCCGUCUUAGCAAAUAGACUCUCAGAAGUACCGUCAUGGAAAGUUUUGCUGUUGGAAGCUGGCGGAGGAACAGACGCCUUUAGCGAAGUUCCAAUAUUUAGCGCCGCUUUACAACAGACAGAUAUGAACUGGGGUUAUUUAACGACUCCACAAACAACAUGUUGUCUAGGUAUGAACAACAACCAAUGCGUUUUUCCUCGAGGAAAAGUAAUUGGAGGGUCCACCACGAUUAAUGGAGCAAUCUAUUCUAGAGGAAGUUCCUCUGAUUAUGACAACUGGGCAGCAAUGGGAAAUGCGAAUUGGAAUUAUGACAAAAUUCUGCAGUAUUUUAAAAAGUCAGAGUAUGUGGCAUUUAAACCAUAUGAUGCUGGUUAUCACGGCACGCGUGGCGAACUAUAUGUAAACCAUACCUCACCACCAUCAAUUCUAUCACAGCACUAUAUAAACGCUAAUAAAGAAAAAAAUUUAAAAGAAAUUGAUUAUAAUGGAAAAGAACAGAUUGGAGUGUCCAGGAUUCAAUUCAAUCAAAAAGAUCAUAAACAUCAUAAUGCUGAACACGCAUUUUUGGAUCAUAUAAAAUCAAGACCUAAUUUAAAAAUUUUACUUAAUGCAGCAGUAAACAAAAUUAUUUUAGAUAACCACAAAGCAAAAGGUGUUACGUUUGUAUUAAAAGGAACCACAUAUAAAGCUAAAGCAAAGAAGGAAGUAAUCUUGUCAGCAGGAGCAAUAAACUCUCCUCAAUUAUUAAUGUUAUCUGGAGUUGGGCCUCGAGAUGAUUUAGAAAAACUAAAUAUUCCAGUUGUAAAAAAUUUACCAGCUGUAGGAAAAAAUUUACAAGACCAUCCAAUUUUUAGUAAUAUUUACUUUAGAACAAAUCAAACCUUUCAAAUUCCUUCUCUUAGAGACAAUUUGGCCAGCUAUUUGGAAGGAAAAACACCGUUUACUAACGGCGUUGGCAUCGAAAAUCUUGCCUUUAUUAACUCAAAUCAUAUAACAGCUGGCGAAGUUGAUUUAGAAUUUAUGAGUUUUGCUAGUCCCAUAGUCCAGUUGCCAUUAGGUACCUCUAAUUAUAGAGAAGUUAUCAGCCAAGUUUACGCUGAUUAUAAUGCUUCUACUGAUAUGGCAUUUUUGGUUUCAUUAAUGAAGUCAAAGUCUAAGGGAAAAGUAACAUUAAAGUCAAACAAUAUCAUCGACUUCCCUCUUAUAGAUAUUAAUUACUACUCUGAUCCAAAUGGCGAAGAUAUAGAAACAAUGUAUAAGGGAAUUAAAUAUCUUUUAAGCCUUGCAGAGACAAAAUCAUUUAAAAGUAUUAACGCUACAUUUAUAAGUAAACAACCACUUUGUGAACAUCUUAAAAAUAAUGACAGAGAAUAUUGGUAUUGUGCAUUGAGGCACAUGACCAAUACUGAAUACCACCCCGCUGGAACUACUAGAAUGGGUCUUUCAGAAUCGAGUUCUGUAGUAAAUACUAAUUGUGUUGUUCACGGCUAUAAAAAUUUAAGGGUCGUUGAUGCCGGAGUCAUGCCAGAGAUUACAAGGGGACAUCUAAUGGCUACAGUUUAUAUGAUUGCUGAAAGAAUUUCAGAUGUAAUUAAGAACCAAUAUUAUAAUAAUAUUAGUCACUGUUACCUUUAAAAAGUAUUAUUUAGAGUUAUUCCUUAAAUGU